AUGUUUCUGCUUUACGAAUAUGAUUUUUUUUGGGCAUUUCUAAUAAUAUCCAUCCUUGUUCCUAUUUUGGCAUUUUUCAUUUCCGGAGUGUUAGCCCCGAUUAGCAAAGGGCCGGAGAAACUUUCUACUUAUGAGUCGGGUAUAGAACCAAUGGGUGAUGCUUGGUUACAAUUUCGAAUCCGUUAUUAUAUGUUUGCUCUAGUUUUUGUUGUUUUUGAUGUUGAAACGGUUUUUCUUUAUCCAUGGGCAAUGAGUUUCGACGUAUUGGGUGUAUCUGUAUUUAUAGAAGCUUUGAUUUUCGUGCUUAUCUUAAUUAUUGGUUUAGUUUAUGCAUGGCGAAAGGGGGCAUUGGAAUGGUCUUAG